UUUCCGCAUAUAAAAAGGAUUCAGUUACCAAAAGCUCAUUUCAAUCAAACAGAUCGUUCCAUAAAAUAGAUCAGUGUGUAAUACUCAAGUGAUAAAAAAAAUGCCUACUACAAUAGACUCCUCGUCUGUUUCGUGUUACGGAAAAUCAAGAAACCGUUGUGAUUCCGACACUAACGAAAAAACUCAAAUAUUCAAGACAAAAGUGGAUUUAUUGAACUGCAAACCAGAAGAUGUGAAAUUGAAGAUGGAAGGUAACAGAGUGAUCAUAGAAGGAAAACUUUUCAACAAUAGAUACAAGGAGAGACCAACACACUUUUCCAAACAUUAUAUUAUGCCAGAAAACUGCGAUUUGAAGAGAAUGCGUUAUACCAUAACUUCAGAUGGUGUCUACAUAACAGCUCCUAAAAGAGAUGUUGUCGAAUGCUCAGAAUUCCCUAAACUGGAAGACAGCUGUACAAAUAACUGCGUGGACCUCAACGACAGAUUUGAAAUUCGCCUCAACGUGCAAGAUUACAAACCUGAAGAUAUAAAAAUAAAGGUAAACUGUAACACCAUCACCAUUAAGGCUAAAUCUCUUCAAGAAACGGGCAUGAAAAGAGUUAUCAAAACAUACUCCCUUCCUGAUUGCUGCGAGAUAACAAGGCUUGAAAGAAGAUUCACUCCACAAGGACAUCUAAUUCUGAGCAUCCCAAAAUUCCUCGGCUUGUUCUGCGAUACCAAAAAGGCAAAUUUACAAAACGUGGAUGACGAAACUAAAAACGAUGUUAAAUGCAAGUUCAACAUCAGUACGGAGAAGUUCGAAAUCAAGAUUGAUGUCUCCAAAUACAGACCAGAAGAUAUCAAUAUUAUACAACAGAAGCGCAUGGUGACCAUCGAAGGUAAAACAUCUAAAAAAUUCUGUAAAACCGAAGAGAAAUUCGAAAAGACAUUUGUGCUCCCUCCUGAUUAUGAUGUCUCUAAGAUAGACCGCAAAUUUCAUUCUGAUGGCAUACUUGUGGUAUCCGUACCAAGAGCUGAAGGUAAGGUUAUGGAAGAGUUCAAAACCUUCCUGCCAGAAAAUUCCAUUUGCGAUAUGAAAAUCAAAGACGAGUACGUGGAAAUCAAACUCAACAUAAUUGGAUUUGAACCAGAAGAAAUAACCAUCAAACUUACUGGAAAAAAUACAAUAACCAUCGAAGGGAAGCAAUCAAAUCAAAAAGGUAGGAUCGCAAAGAGUUUUAUGAAAUCAUACCUACUGCCAACCGAUUGUGACACUAAAAAAACCAAGAAAUACCUUUCAUCGACUGGAGUUUUAACAGUGAGAAUACCAAGAAAUAGAAGAACUUGCUCCCUAGAUAAUUUAUCAGAAAUAGUUGAUGACAAAAACAGUUUUUCAACUGGUACUAGACGUGGAUCUUUGGAUAAUUUAAGUGAACCAGACGAGCAAGUAUUGGUUGAUUCUGCAGAAUUGGAUAAGGACAAAUUUGAAAUGAAAUUUAACGUACAUGGUUUCAGCACUGAAGAUAUUUAUGUGAAAAUAAACAAGAACAUAGUUACUGUGGAGUGCAAACAUUCAGAUCCUCGUAAGGUUAUUGUGAAAUCAUAUUUAGUUCCAAAAGCUUUUGAUCUGAACGCUCUCCAUACAUAUAUUACUCAUGAUGACAUUCUGAUCGUUACUAUACCAAAGUAUAAAUCUCAAAGUCACAACAAUAUCGAUAGAUAUAGUAACAGUAAUCCAACAAACAAUAGCUAUAAUAAUAAAGGUCAUAUUACACAAAGAGUUGGGGACAAUUAUAUCAUAAAAGUGGAUAUAAGAGGAUAUAACAAUAAUGAUAUUUCUUUGGAUAUUAAGGGACAAACCAUUUUAGUUCAAGGAGGUCAUUUGGGUAAUCACACAAUAUCAAAAAGCUUCAGUAAGAAAUUUGUGGUACCACCAACUUACAAUGUGGAAGCUCUAACGUAUUAUAUAUCUGCAGAAGGAUUUUUAAUUGUGGAAAUCCCAAUCAAUCCAACUGGACAAAAUGAAGUAGCACCAAAGCUAUACACAUUCCCAGAACAAAAAAAUACGACUAAACCAUAUGGUAAUCAAUACCAUGAUAAUCAUAAUCCCCAAAGCAAUUUUAAGAGACACUCAAAUAUACCUUCCUACCAUAGACAACACCAUUAUACAGCUGACAGACAUUCGGUAGAACCUGAUGGAUUUAAUCCAAUGCAGAAGAGUUACUUCAGUUCGACUCCUAACAUAAGAGAAAAAUCUCCAAAUAACUACAUUAAAGAUAGAUUUUCCUCAGCAUUCGAUUCUGAAGGUAAUGAGGUAUACCAGGUGUACGUGGACGUCAGAAACUGCUACGAAGAAGAUAUCAACUUGAUAAUGAAGGACAACAAUUUCAGGGUUGAAGGAAGAAAGAAGUACUAUGAUGGUUUAGGAAAUCCGUCAGGAGUAUUUGCCAAAAAUUUCUCAGUUCCUGGAGAAUUUGACAUGAAGAUGUUGCAGUCAAGGCUAGAGAAUGGUAUUCUUAUUGUUGAAGUACCAAAGUAUGAAUCGCAUAGAAAGAAUGAUAAUGAAGAGCCCUACAUAGGAAAGGACUUGUUAUCCAAUGUGAAAAUUGGCAGAGACAAUAUACUAGUCGAAAUGGAUGCAUCAGGACUCAAAAUCGAAGAUUUUGAAAUCACCACUUUCAAAAACGUCCUCACCAUUGGAGUUCUGAAGGGCGGAUCUGAUAGAUUCAAGACGAAAGUGGAUCUUCCUGACGAUGCAAUCAUAGAUGGCAUAAUGAAAACUAUAACUUCUGAUGGAAAAUUGUUGGUAACAGUACCGAGGAAAUUCCAGAAUUUUGUGGAAAAAAGUAUUCCGGAUCUUGCAGAUGCAAUUGAAUACGAAGAAAGUUCUGAGAUCAUAAAGAGUAAGAAUAGAAAAUCGUGCUUGGUUCUAUCGAAACAUCCGGAAAAAUCCAAAUCUGUCAAGUUUUUGGUUGAUGGUUUCGAAAAUGAAACUGAUGACGAUAUGAAAUUUGCAACUCUUCCUAGAUCUACCAGAUGUAAAUCUUACACUAACGUAUUUUUGGAAGGUCAAGACGAUAAACAAGUUAACAAUGUACUAGUAGGCAAUAAUUUCGAAUUGAAAAUUUUUGUACCGCAUCAUGAACCUGAUGAAGUUAUUGUUAAAAUUAGAGGAAGUACCAUAACAAUUGAAGGCACGAAGAAAAAUGAUGAGAGAAAUAUAUAUUUUUCGAAGAAUUUUUUCAAAACCUAUUUGAUACCUAAAAAUAUCGAUGUCAGUCAACUUAAGACAACAUUUAUAGAUAACUAUUUGAUUAUUACAGCCCCAAGAAAUGAUUUAGAGCAAUAGUAUAUUUAGUAUUAUGUAUUAUAGUUAUUUAUUUAAA